AUGCGCGACAUGCCGUCUAGGUUUAUCGAAAUCCUCGACCCCGAAGAUUCUCAUUACCGUAUGUCUGAUGCCGACGUCCGGCUGGAAGAUGUCCUCGCGGACCAAGAGGCCAUCGCCAGCCGGCCCCGUUCCUCCACGCAAUCAUCGACUAAAGCGGGUCUCGAUAAAGACCGGAUAUAUCGGGAGGGUCCAUCGUCGCCACAACAGCGGUGGAAGCGCUUGAGCACGAUCCUGGUCCCUGCGAGACGGGGCUCCAGCUAG